AUGGUGGCAUACAAAACGAUGUGGAGAUGGAACUGUUGGUUGAUCGUAAUCAUGUUAAUAUUCGAAUCGGGUUCAAAGAUGGCAGAAUCAAUGCGGUUCGACAUGCACUCCGGGGAGACAAAAUGCAUAUCUGAGGACGUCAAGGCCGACACCAUGUCCGUGGGAUCUUACAGCAUUGUUGACCCUAUCAAAGGUGAUCCCAACGUCACUGUCAGGGUGACAUCACCCCAUGGGGUAAGUUACCAUUACGGGGAUAAGGUGGAGAAGGGUACUUUUGCUUUCACAGCAUCAGAAAAUGGACCCUACUCUGCUUGCUUUUGGUCACCUAUGCACAAGCCGCCACUCACCACCAUCGUUGAAUUCGAUUGGAGAUCCGGCGUGGAAGCUAGAGAUUGGUCUAAUGUCGCCAAGAAAGGCAACAUCGAAGCUAUGGAGAUUGAGUUAAGGAAGCUGGCGGUUACAGUAAGAAACAUCCAUGCAGAAAUGUACUACCUCCGCGAUAGAGAAGAGGAAAUGCAAGAACUGAACAGGUCGACCAACUCGGAAAUGGCAAUCAUGGGUUUCCUUUCUCUAGUGGUCUGUAUAUCUGUGGCCGGUCUGCAGUCGUGGCAUCUCAGGAAUUACUUUGAGAGGAAGAAGCUUCUCUAG